AGUCAGGAGAGCGGCAGCUGCCACACUCUUCAGAUAUCUCUCUAUUUAAAGUUCAAAGAGACGCUGGAUGACAACGACGAGGAGGUGAGUGUGGCCCUGACCAACCCACCCAGCAACAGGAAGAAUGGCUGAAAAAGCAGAGUCUCCAUCAUCCCGCCUUCUGGUCCCUAUUCUUCUCUUGAUCGGCUGGAUUGUGGGCUGUAUCAUAAUGGUUUAUGUUGUCUUUUCUUAGAAAGGCAAGAAGACUUCAGAGGGACAUCAUUUAGAAGAAUUAAGAAAAGCACAAACAUGACAGAUGAUUAAACGUUUCUCAUGCAAAUACCUGCAGUGUUUCACAUCACUUCAUAAACUUGGAUUUGUAAACUGGUAUUUUGGUGUGCAUAAGAAUCUCUUCCAGAGCUUUUAAAAUAUUCCAUCUACGAAUAAAAACG